CAUAUACAGCUGGCUAAUUGUCAACAGAUAACUUGAGGUCACGUGGUGCUGCUUAUGUUUCGCCACUUAAAGUUCCCUCAGUAAACCCGUUAACACCAGACUUUGAGGACUACAGUAAGUUUAUAAUGUGAACACAAAGGCUGAGUCUCUUCUUAAAAGGCGCCUACGAGUUUUGCGCAGAGCAAAGUGUGUCCGGAUUGUUUUUGCGCUCAAGGUGGAGUUUUCUGCCACAUCACAUCCAACCAACUGCUGCCGCCACAUCGCUCAGAGCUGAGGCUGUUGUCCUGACAGGAGCUAGCCGACAGGAGCAGGAAGCGGCUUCACCACAGCGGAAGCAACAGCGUUUUGCAUUUCGGGACAAUUUCUCUUGUAGGCUACUUUGAGCAGAGAGGUGUCGAGGAACAUGCGUCCAACGCGCAGGUGAUAACAUUUACCAAUUUAACUUCGUCGCUGCUGCAACUUUUCAGUUCUAUCUCGCACAGGUUUUGGUGAUUUCUUUUUUUUUGUGUGUGUGUGUGUGUCUGUCUGUCUUUUUGCGGUUUGCCCCAGCUGAGAUUCACAAGAGAUAGUUUGGAAAUCUUGAGAAAUGUCUCGUAAGAAGGCUGCCAAAGGCAAAGCCGCAACCAGCAGCCCGUCUGCAGGCAGCCCCACCGGGAAAGGGACCGGGAAAACUGCGAGGAGCAGCCCGGGCAUUGUUCAGAUGAACGGCGUGGUUCAUCCCAGCAGACCGUCCAUCAGCAAUAGCAGCGAGUUUUAUGACAUCGCAUUCAAGGUGAUGCUGGUUGGAGACUCUGGUGUGGGGAAAACCUGUCUACUGGUCCGUUUUAAAGACGGCGCCUUCCUGGCUGGCAGCUUCAUCUCCACUGUCGGCAUUGACUUUAGGAAUAAAGUCCUGAACAUCGAUGGAGUCAAGGUGAAGCUCCAGAUCUGGGACACAGCUGGACAGGAGCGGUUCCGCAGUGUCACUCAUGCCUACUACCGUGACGCCCAUGCUCUCCUUCUGCUGUAUGAUGUCACCAACAAAACAUCCUUUGACAACAUACAGGCAUGGCUGACUGAGAUCCACGAAUACGCCCAACAGGAUGUGGUGCUCAUGCUGCUUGGAAACAAGGCUGAUGCCACUCAUGACAGAGUGGUGAAGAGAGAGGACGGAGAGAGGCUUGCUAAGGAGUUUGGAGUUCCUUUCAUGGAGACCAGCGCCAGGUCAGGUCUCAAUGUUGAGCUGGCUUUCACUGCUGUGGCCAAGGAGCUGAAGCACAGGUCCAUGAAGGAUCCCAGUGAGAAGUUUAAGCUGCAGGAGUAUGUAAACAAGGAGAUGAAGGGCACUGGAUGCUGCCGGUCUUAAAGCCUGCUCCAGUCACUCUCUGGAUCUGUGUGUGUCGGUGUGUGUGUGUGUGUGUGUGUGCGCGCGCGCACGUCUCGCUCAUUAUCAUACAGCGUGUGUUCAUAUCUGGUCUAAUCAGAGAUGAGGAGUCAGCUCCAGCGAGGUAUAAACCCUUUUGUCUUUCUUUUUCUCCACCGCUUUGUCUCAGUCCUCGCAACCUCAAUCUGUUGCCAUGCACCCAUUUCUCUGCCCUCCUCUAUCUUGUGUGUCCUGCUUUUCCUCACCCGCCUCCCUCUGCAGCUGUGAUUGUAGCCCUAGGUUAUGGUUUGUAAGACACAAACGUAGGUGCUGCACACCUCAGUUAUUAACCUAUUAAUGCACAUUUUCUUCCAUUUAUCUGCACGAUUAUCUUUUGGACCCCGGGCAUAGAAUGUGACACCAAGCAAAUACCUUUGUAUUACAUUGUGUGGUGAUUUUAUUGUGAGGGGAUUUAAUCUUUUUUGCAGAGACAAGGCACACAUCUUUUAAAGCCAUUUAUUUCUUGCAUCCACUUAAAAUGUCAAUGAAAUUUGUUUGAAUGUUCUCUCCUUGUUCAACAUACGGAUGAAUGUUCAUGUACUAGGUGUAUAGUGAUGUGUCUUCUCUCCAUGGUUCAGUGUUCGCAUCAGUAAUUCAGGCUCCCUGGAGCAAGUUUAGCUCACCAGCAUAAACUCAAUCUAAGCAUUUCCAUGAUUCAGCUGUGGAUAUUUGGUAAUGCGUAUUAGUUCAACAUAAUGUAAAAGUAAAUGAAUGUUGCUCUUUUGUAUACAAAAAUAUUGAGUACAGAACAGCAUCAUUAACAACAUUAAAACAUUGUUUUAGAUUUGAAUUCAUGCUAAAUGCAAAAAUAGUAGUUUAAACAAAUCUACAGGAACAUGACAGUGCAUGGGUUACAGAACCUUGUUUUCAGACACAUUAUUGGGCUUUUUUCUAUUAUAGAGGAUCAGUUUUGAGUUUUGGAGAGUAUUAAUGCAACCUCUCUUCUUGAUAAUAUAUAUCCAUUUGUUUUGAAAUGAUUUACAAACAGAUGGUCAAUCAUACUGUAUAAUCUAUAUACAUUGGGGUUUUGAUAGUGUAAAUACUUAACAAUUUCUUUUCUGCAUGUAAAAAUGUUUCAAUAGAGGAGAAUAGCACUUUAGAUGGUAAAUGAGUGUGGGUGGGGUUUCGGGAAUUAAGACCUUCAGUAUGUUCACAAUGUUACCUAAAGUAUUGUAUACGAAAAAAAUUUAUGUAUAUUUCUGUUUUUACUGUUUUAUUUGAAGCCAGUGCAAACAUGACUAGACUGCUUUGAUUCCUGCUUUUGUUUUCCAUUCAUGAAUAUAUAAAUGGGGUAUAUAGUGCCAUGGUCUUUUAAAAACAUUUGACCAGUAUGUUUCUUAUAGUCUGUUAACAGUAUUUAACCUAUUCUUCAAAAAAGAAGCAUAGGUGUCUUUUUAUAUGACAGUUGCUUUGGUAGAUUCCAUCCUACACAUAAAACCAUGAAAACUGAAUAUCUAUCUGUAUAAAAUUUACUGUACAGUCUCCAAUCUUGAUGUACUCAGUAAUGUAUUAGUUUUGGUUUUACUACUUUUCAAUGUGCAACUUCUUUCUUGUAAGUGAAAGUUAACCACAAUAAAAAACAGAAGGAAACAUGG